CGACCCAGGGGUUUGUGAGAUCCUUGUUGUGUGAGGAGUCAAACAGCAUCAGUCAGAAGAACAGAAACAGGAUGUUUAAACUCUUGCUGCUCCUGUUGGCUGUGGCUGGUCUGCAUGCAAGGCCACUGCAUCGGCUGCCAAAUGGUAAACUGAAGCAAAUCAGCCCUGAAACGCUUCAUGAUGAACACAGAGACAACUCAGUUCUGAAGGACAUCAAAAACACAGACCAGAAGCCCAGGAAACAGAUCCAAGUUCCAGCAGAGUUCUGCAGGCAGGGGACAGAAGCUUCCAGACGCUUCCUGAUGGACCUGAACACAAAGAUGCUGAAACACACUGGGGAAACCAACACAAGACUUUCUGCACCAUUGGAUGCGUUCAGACAAGGCACUGAAAACCAGCUUGCCGUCCUUCAGGAUCUCAGAUCGCGUCACAAGAUUAGUCCACAGUACAGCAUUCAGAGCGAAAAACACGAGCAGAGGAACAUUCCUGUUGAGGUCUACAGACAAGGCACUGAACCGUCCAGAAACCUCCUGAUGGACUUGAACACUGGUCUACUUAAAGAACAGAGAAACCAGAUGGACAGGAGAGUAGCAGGCUCAGCUAAAUGGGCAGUGGUUUCUGAGCAUGAAGACAUAAACAGCCAAGACUCUUCUGAGCAGAAGGAAAACCACAGAGCAGCUCCUGUUGAGGAUCGCAGGCAGGGAACAGAACCUUCCAGAAGAUUCCUGAUAGACCUGAACACUGGGAUGCUCAAGGAGGAAGAAAGUGAGAUGAACAGAAGAGUUUCUGGCUUCUAUAAUCCUGCCGCUGUCGAGAAAAGGCAGGGAACAGAACCUUCCAGACGCUUCCUGGUGGACGUGAACACUGGGAUGCUCCAACACAACGUUGGUGAAAUGAACAGAAGAGUUUCUGGCUUCUACAAUCCUGCACCUUAUGAGGUGAGGAUGGGAACCCAGAAUUCUCACAGCACGCUGGUGGAUCCCAGAACUGGACAGCUGCUGCCGACACUGACAGAGCUGCAGAGGAGCACAGCGCCCUUGGAUGAGUUCAGACAAGGCACUGAGUAUCAGCCGAGCACCCUACAGGAGCUCAGACUGAACAUGAUGCACAAACAACCUUCCAGAAACACCCUGAUGGACCUGAACACCGGUCGACUCAAAGAACAUCACAUCUCAGCUAAAUGGGCAGUGGUUUCUGAGCAUGAAGACAUAUACAGCCAAGACUCUUCUGAGCAGAAGGAAAACCACAGAGCAGCUCCUGUUGAGGAUCGCAGGCAGGGAACAGAACCUUCCAGAAGAUUCCUGAUAGACCUGAACACUGGGAUGCCCAAGGAGGAAGAAAGUGAGAUGAACAGAAGAGUUUCUGGCUUCUACAAUCCUGCCGCUGUUGAGAAAAGGCAGGGAACAGAACCUUCCAGACGCUUCCUGGUGGACAUGAACACUGGAAUGCUCCAACACAACGUUGGUGAAAUGAACAGAAGAGUUUCUGGCUUCUACAAUCCUGCACCUUAUGAGGUGAGGAUGGGAACCCAGAACUCUCACAGCACGCUGGUGGAUCCCAGAACUGGACAGCUGCUGCCGACACUGACAGAGCUGCAGAGGAGCACAGCGCCCUUGGAUGAGUUCAGACAAGGCACUGAGUAUCAGCCAGUCAUCCUACAUGAGCUCAGAUUGAACAUGAUGCACAAAAAGGAAACUGAAACUCUCUGAUGGAGCUGAGCAUCAGUGUACUCUAAUGACAACAAAAUUUGAUGAGUUUAGACAAGGGCACAAGUACCAGCUGAACACCCUGCAAGAGCGCAGUCUGCACAAACAUUUUAAUGAAACGAGAGAGCCUGUAGCCCAGAAUUGGUUAGCAUUUUCUUAUCAUCAAACAUUAUCUUUGCUGGCUGAAUAAAAGACAUUAAGUUGCAAAACUUUUAAUUUUGCUUGUCAUCAUUUAAACAUGUUUGUACUUUGGGCUAUUAUUAAGUUGUAUAACACCAUUAAAAAAUGAUCGAAGGUCAUCGCAUUAUUGUGCCAAAAGCAAAACUGGCGUCAUUGCAAUCACUGCUGAAAUGCAAAUUGAUACUCUGAUACGUUCUGAUGGACAGUGUUUGUACCUUAUGAUUUGUGAUUGUCUAUCUGUAUUCAGACCAACCUCAUACACAUAGUUACAUCUACACAAUAAAUGCAUUAACAAAA